UGUAACAGUAAGGAUGUGUACAUCAAUUGUGAUUGGCACUAUUCAUGCUUUGUUGCUCUCUUUGUGAACUGUCGAGUUUGUUUCCCCUCACAUUCUCUUAUAUAUCUCUAUCCACCCGCUUCCAUUAGCGCCUAACAAAAAUGGCGGUUAAAUCUUUUCUUCAACGAUUUCGUAAACUCGAUGCCUACGCGAAACCGCUUGAAGACGUACGCAUCCGAACAACCACGGGAGCUUCAGUGACUCUUGUCAGCGGCAUGGUCAUUCUAUCACUGAUGUUUUUUGAGAUUUAUCGAUAUAUCACGCCAGAAAUGCAAGCCGAAAUCGUGGUGGAUGGUGGCAAGAUGGAAAAACUGCCAAUCUCUUUUAAUAUUACCUUCCCCCACCUGCCAUGCUAUCUUCUUGGCUUGGAUUUGAUGGAUGAGAGUGGUGACCAUAUAUCAGACUAUGAUCACGACGUUUUUAAAGUACGUCUAGAUGAUAAUGGCAGAGAGAUCCACCGUGAAAAGGCAAAAGAGCUUAGCAACAGUGGAGAUCGAGAAAAUUUAGCUGCUCAAGAAAACGAGGAUUAUUGCGGUCCUUGUUAUGGAGCAAAUCCAAAAGGCGUAACGAACCCUUGCUGUAACACAUGCGACGAUGUACGAAAGGCGUACUCGGACAUGGGCUGGGCCAUUGACGAAAAAACGGUCGAGCAAUGCUGGAAAGAAAAUAUCUCAUCACAAAGUAAAGAAGGCUGCAACAUGCAUGGCGAUUUAAUGGUCAACAAAGUGCGCGGCAAUUUCCAUUUCUCGCCUGGAAAAUCGUAUGUGCACGGAGGAUCUCAUAUCCACGACGUCCGAACAUAUCUCGCCACUGAACACGAUUUCUCACAUGUUAUCCAUCAUUUACAAUUCGGUGCCCAGAAUCAUCAUGCGUAUAAACAAAAAAGAACGGAAUUGGAUGCACUUACCAAUCCGUUGGACGGCACACAAUGGGGAAACGUACUACCAACCAUGAUGUAUAAUUACCAUUUAAAGAUCGUAUCAUCCGAGUUUAACUACCUUAACGGAAAACAUUUACGUACAUUCCAAUAUUCUGUGAGCCGUCAAGAGCGUGAUUUGAGAAAGCAAGGUGGAGGUGGAUUACCAGGUGUGUUUUUCAUAAUGGACUUUUCACCCAUGCUGGUAAUAUACUCGGAGUACCGGGGAACAUUUGCUAGCUUUUUAGUAGGCGUGUGCGCUAUUGUUGGCGGUAUCUUUACAGUAGCAAGUCUAGUAGAUGGCGUUCUAUAUAGAGCUUCCAUGCAUCAAAAAAGGGAAUUUGGAAAAGCAAUGUAACAGUUUUUGUCUUUUAUUUCUCAAAAAGAAAAAAAAAAGAAAUAAAUCAUUUUACCACAUUAGUAAUUAUAACGAUUGAAAAGAGUGAUAUUUCUUGUUAUAAAGAAAAGCAUGAUGAAACGCGAACAUUACUUUCUAUGAUCUCAUCCUGUUACAUAUAUUUCUUCGGAGUUGUACAAGGCAGCGGGAAUAAUGCCUGACAACCACCGACUGGAGCGCGCGGCAGGGUAUAUAUGUAGCACGCUUGACCCCAGCUCUUGUAUUUCGCAAACUUUACCAUGGAUGACGAUCAAAGGCGGAUGCUAGCUGG